UGUGGGGGCGCACGCUCGGGUGCGGUGGGCGCUGCCGGAGCCGGAGGGGGCGUGCGGGCCGGUGCUAGUGUGCGUGUGGUGUGCAGGUUGGGUGUGCGGAGGAGAGCGUGGUGGGGGCGCACGCUCGGGUGCGGUGGGCGCUGCCGGAGCCGGAGGGGGCGUGCGGGCCGGUGCUAGUGUGCGUGUGGUGUGCAGGUUGGGUGUGCGGAGGAGAGCGUGGUGGGGGCGCACGCUCGGGUGCGGUGGGCGCUGCCGGAGCCGGAGGGGGCGUGCGGGCUGGUGCUGCGGGCGCCGGGGGGCACGCGGGCCACGGUCCAGCUGUCGGACCUGGCGCCGCCGCCCACUACGCUGCUCUACCAGAACUUCAUCCUUGUUGCCUUCACACCUAAUCGGCAGAGGUACCGCACGCAAGUCGAUAUUAUUGCUUCGAGAUAAUAAAGUAUUGCUAAUUGAUAUUAAAAAUGAUCUAUUUUAGUGAUACGAAUGGAUCUACGCCUGAUGACGAUGAUGUCUUGGUCCUAGAAGUGCCUUUAGGCUCAACCAAAGUUAUAUUGGGAAAGAAAAGAUACGGAGACAGGUCCCAGCUGUGGCGGCGCGGGCCCGGCCAGCAGCUGGUGCACGAGGGCAGCUCGCCGCCGCAGCCCACGGACGCGCUGCAGGACGACGAGAACACGCUGUCGCCCCACGCCAUGGUAACGCGGGGCGGUCAUAUCGUGCGUGCACGUGUUGCGGUAUAUAUACAUAUAUGUACAGCGCGCGCGUCCGCAGGUGCUGGACAUCGCGGAGGCGGCGCCGCGGCCGGGCGUGGGCAGCGCGCUGGUGGUGCGGCGCGCGGACGGGCGGCGCGCCUCCACGCAGGCGUGGCGCCUGGCGGGGGCGCGCGGGGGGCGCGGGGGGCGCAUGCAGUGCGCGCACGCCAACCUGUGCGUGCGCCCCGCCGCGCCCGCCGGCCUCGUGCCCGGCAACCGGGCCGUGCUCGCGCUGGUAACCGCACAUCUUUAUUUUUCUUUGCGUUCAAAAGCUGGCGUUCUUUGAGAAUUGUGUACGGUGAAUGCGGUGUGCAGGCGGGGGAGGAGGGCGGGUGGGACGUGCGCUGGCUGACGCUGCGGCCGGGCUCGGGCCGGCUGGCGGUGCGAGUGCACGCGCAGGGGCCCACCAGGCUGCUCGCCGUCACCGACGCGCACGCCCAGGUAGCUAUGCUCGGCGGAGGGCCCUCCGGCACGCUCGGCGCUCCGGGAACGAGAACGUAAUAUCGUGGAACGUGUCCGCCAGGAGUCGAACUGGAUCGAGUCGGCGGACAAGGACAAGGAGGAGGAGGAGGAGGCCUCGGGCGGGCGCGGCGAGUGGGGCGUGCGCGUGCAGCUGGGCGGGGUGGGCGUGUCGCUGGUGGGGCGGGGGGCGGAGCUGCUGCACGCGGCGCUGGCGGGCGUGGCGCUGGACGUGGCGCGCGCCCGCCAUCUGGCGCUCGCGCUCACCGUGCACCACAUGCAGUGGGACAACCAGCUGCUGGGCACGCCGUCCCCGGUGCUGCUGUACUGCCUGCCGGAGCGCGGCGGGGGCGGGGGAGGGGGCGGGGGCGGGGCGCUGCCCGCGCUGCACGCGUCGCUGGAGGUGGAGCGCGCGCACCACCGGCGGUACAACGCGGUGUUCUUCAAUCAUCUAGUCGUGGUGCUCAAGCCGCUCGCCGUGCGUCUAGAGGAGAGGUACUUCCCACCUUUACGUUGUGUAUAUCUUUCAGCGAAACCGCCGUCGUUGAAAUGGAACGGAUCCCGCCUCUGUGGUAGCCCCCCUCCGGCUACCCCAUGUACCCUAACCUGACCACACCCUAAGACGACCACACCCUAUUUCUUUUUUCAAAUAUUACUAUUAACUAUAGAAUACAAUAGAAUAAAUUUAUUUGCAAGAAACAUGGAAACAUUAUAGCUAGUUUGUUACAAUUAGAGACAC